GCGCUCCUGUAACCAGCCUAUAGCUCUCGCUGUAACAGCGUGGUGUAAAGAUUUCACAAGGCUAUUCAUUGAUAACUAAUGGACCAGGGUGGAUAUAGUUUUUGAAGUUGUGUUCUAAAAUGCUUAGCAUUUAUAGCAUUUUACUGUUUUCGAAUAUUGUUUGGCGCACGGUGUCAGUUAUUCACUCCCUGCUGGGUACCUACACUGCAGUGAAUACUGAUGAGUUCACUUGUGUCCUGUGGCUCGAUGGCGAAGCAGUCGACUCCUACAGUAGCAAUGGCAUGGACAGCGUGCCCCGUAGAAAUUGGAUGCGGGAAGGACGAGGCCGUUCUCUGUGGAAGUCUGUCAAACGCUUUAAUAUGGAGCACUGGGACAGAGGCAGAACUGACAUCUUAAAAAAUGACACACGACUUAACAUGUCUGGUGCUGCUGUCCUGCAGGGGAGGUUUGGCUGUGAGAUCGAGAGAUACCCUGACUCUGGUGUAAGACGUACGAGGACCUUUGCUCAGUACGGAUGGAAUGGAGAAGACUUCCUGUCCUUCAGCCUCAGCAGGCUUCAGUGGGAGGCUUCAGCAGGAUCUGCAGUCCCCAUUACAAAGAAGUGGAACAGGGACCAGGACAUCACCAUGGAAACAAAGAAAUACAUGGAGGACAUGUGUGUGAUGCAUCUGUUGGACAGUUUGUCUUUUGAAGCAAAGGAGAGCAAGGAGACAGCUCAGCCCACAGCUGCAGUAUUUGCUAAGAGAUCCCUGAACCCUGGGAAGGUUAUUCUGACCUGCCUAGUUUCAGGAUUUCACUGCAGAGACACGACGGUGGAGAUUUAUCAGGAUGAUGACAUCAUCACUGAAGAAGAUGGGCUUUUGUCCUCUGGGAUCAGUCCAAACGGGGAUGGGACCUGCCAGCUGAGAAAGAGUUUGGACAUCUCUAACAGCACUGAGGCAUCGUAUAGCUGUGAAGUCCCAUUCAGAAGUUUUAAACGACUGGUCAAAUGGGAUGGGAAGAUAUGGGACCGGGCUGAACCAAAGCAAGACCACAACACGAGACAUCACUACUGUUUUCGUAUGGCAUCACUGGUGUUGGUCGUUGCUUUAUCACUUGUGUUUCUCAUUCGGAUCCUGAAGCGCAGAUUGUGCACACAGGCAAACCAGCACACAGGGGACUCAGGAUGCUUCUGCCAUUUUUUGCUGUGUCAGCGGAACCCAGCUUGAAUGAACCCCAGAUCAGUGGAUUCAUCGUCUUGAUGCCUCAAAAGAGUGACCGUUAUAAGGUGCAAUAAGGUACUAUUGGACUCCAGUAACACCACAAAGAGACUGUGGAGCUGGAAGGCCAAUCAACAACAAUGAGAAGAAGGACAGACCAACUGUGGGCCCCUCUGUCAUCUGGGGUACAGCCAUUUUUAUGGAGAACUAAAUAGGCCCGACCAACCUGCACCCCUGGCCUUCAUUUUCCCUCCACUUUUCCAAACGGCACUGGCUGUCUCCCAUUGGCUCUGAAGAUCUCAGGACCGGAAGGCAGGAUCUGUACACUUUACCAAAAGCAGGAGAAUAGGCAGCUGUCUGACUCGCUGGUUGUAGUGGCUUCCCAGGUCAUAGACACUAGCGUCCUCUGCUGGCUCGGCUUCAACACUGCAAGAAAGCGGAUGCCAUCAAACAACGCCUCAGGCCCAUGCAGGACAAAGACACUUUAGACACUGGCCUGUUCUAUGCUGUCUCUCAUUUUUAAAAGUUUUAAAGGUUAAGCUAUUUCUAAAUUGUAUUAUUUAUUGUAAAGAUUCAUAAAAUGCAUUAUAUAAUGUGUUUAAUAAUGUUCCAUUAGUUGGGUAACUUUAAUCACAGCCAAUCAAGACCAAGUUUUAAAUUAUUUCUAAAUUGUAUUUAAAGUUACCAUCUCGAAGAUUUCUGUUUCGUUCUCUUUGGCGGUACCAAUGGCGAAAAGCAGUAAUUGCAGGCGUGUUUUUGGACCUCACUUCCCAGAGAUCCAACCAGUGUCGCCUGUGUGAUGUCUGUCAGUUGGCACCAGGGGCACGCCAACUAUAACACUUAACCAUUUUUUAUUCAGUAAAUAGUAUGUUAUGUACACACUCAUUCAUUGUCUAACAUUAGGCUAACUUAAGCUGCCUUUACACUGCCGAGCUGGGUUAAAAUGCUGUAGCAGACCUGGGGUAGAAUUAGUGAUGAUCAAUUUCCACAGACGUUCUUUGUCCACCUUUUGCCUGGUAUGAACGUCUUUACACUGCAGAGAAGAAUUUGCGGGAUUCGCUGCAGCUCGUACAAUGAUGUAUCUCGUGCACACUAAACAGUCUUUCUCGUGAAUGAUUGUUGUGUGAUAUUUUUGAAAC